AAUUGGAAAAAUUGGAAGAAGGGAAAAUUGUGUCAGCAGUGACAGAGUCGCUCUUCAAUCUGUCUUCUCCUUCAUCCGUGCCCUCUUCUUGAGCUGAUGGUCGCGCCGGUCGGCUUGCCGAUCCAAAUGUUGUGAGCCCCAUGGUCAACACCAUUGACGCCGGGCAUUACGUCCGUCUCAACGUGUUGCACAUAUCGCAAAGCCAAUCAUUGCCCGAGUCCUUUGGGAGAACAGCCCGGAGAAAGGAGAAACUAGCUGAUUGCAAAGCAAAAGUAGCUUGGAGGGUAGUUUCUGCCUUCGGUUCGGAACGGUGGCAGUGUCUUUUUUCCUCUGGCAGCCGAACUAAAAAGAAAAGAGCAAGGAAAAAAAAAUUAAGCAUCAACCUCGCGCACAAGCGAGCUCCCGCGCUGCUCGUUAUGUGGGCAGCGAUUCGUUGCAGCUUGCGCACCUGCGCCUUUCUCGCGACAGCAGGAGAAAGAACUAAUUGUUUCGGCUGGCAGGGUUUUGACAUAGCAUCGAAUCGGGCAAGGCAGGGCAGCUCAUGAGCUAAGGAGCGAGUGUUGAUUUGCAGCAAGCUGAACCCCGACGACCGAAUGCGAAAGGCACUUGCUUCUAAAAAAAAAAUUCAGGAGGAAAAACGAGAAAGGCCGAGGGAGGGAGAGCGCGCGCGCGAGGGGAA